UUUCAAUUUGUUCCUUUUUUUUUUCUGCUGUUUGGGUUUAAAAUUUGUGGUUAGGAGGAGAGACUAACUGAAGUUGUUGGAAAAUGAAGGUUCAUGAGACUAGAUCACACGCUUAUUCCUCUGGAAAUGAGGAAAAGGUGGCCACAAGGAAGCAAAAGGCCGAGGCCAAAGCAAGUGAAGGAGAAUCUGAGCAUUCACCAAAGAAGGCAAAAACAGACACCGAGGAGAGAACCAAGGACGUGAAGAAGGAAAAAAAUGGGAAUGAGGGAAGCGCCAAGGAAGUGAAGAAGGAAAAAACCAAGACCGACAAGGGCGAGGAAAAUGGGAGUGAGAGGUCGACUGAGGAGAUCAUAGCAGAGUUUGAGAAGUUCUGUAAGGAAACGAGCGAGCAUCUAUCAAUCAAGCAGAUGCGGGAGAUUCUUGAGGCAAAUGGCCAAGAUGCGGGGGAAUCGGAUGAUGCUGUAGUUCCUAAAUGUCAAGAUGUCCUAUUUUACGGGCCGUUAGUAGACGACUGUCCUGUUUGUGGUGGCACUUUGAAGAUCUCCGACAGGAACUUUAGAUGCUCAGGUGUAUAUACUGAGUGGUCUACCUGCACUUUUACCACUAAAGAUCUUCCCAGAAGGAAUGAGCCGACUAAACUGCCGGAUUCUGUCAAGGAUUCCCAUGUUGCUGAAUUGCUGAAAAAACAUCAAGAUCCUAAAUCUCGCCCUCGCGCAGUUUUACAGUCUGAAAAACCUUUGAAGGGAAGGAUGAUUUGUCUGGCAGGCCGUUUGACACGUACACAUCAAUAUUGGAAGUCAAAGAUUGAGAAGGCUGGAGGGAAAGUUGCCAACUCAGUGAUGGGGGUGUCUUGCCUGGUCGUGUCUCCAGCUGAGCGGGAAUGUGGUGGCUCUUCCAAGUUGACUGAAGCAAUGGAAAAGGGAAUACCAGUAGUACGCGAAGCUUGGUUAAGAGACAGUAUCGAAAAGGAGGAGCCACAACCUCUUGGAGCCUAUGACAUCGCUAGCGAUAUUUCUGUAGGUGGAAAAGGCAUACCCUUGUAUCAGCAAGAUCCUUCUGAGGAGGCUCUUGAAACCAUUACAUCUGAGCUUAAGGUAUAUGGAAAGAGAGGCGUGCAUAAGGACACAAAGUUGCAAGAUGUCGGGCAAAUUUUAGAGAAGGAUGGAAUCUUGUACAAUUGCGCCUUGACCCUUUCGGAUAAAGGGGCAGGCUUAAAUGAGUAUUGCAUUAUGCAACUGAUUACGAUACCUGAGGGCCAGCUUUACAUGUACUACAAGAAGGGCAUGAUAGGUAAUCUAGAUGGAGUGGAUGAGAAGUUGGAGGAACGGGAUAACGUUGAUGGUGCAAUCCAAGAGUUUGCCAAACUAUUUGAAGGGGUGACUGGUAACAAGUUCGAACCAUGGGAGAGAGAGAAGAAGAUACAGAAGAGACUUAGGAAGUUAUUCCCCAUUGACAUGGACGAUGGAGUUGAGGUGAGACAUGGGGGUCUGGGAUUGAGACAACUUGGCACGGCGGCACUGCACUGCAAACUUGAGCCAAAGGUUGCAAAGUUCAUGAAGGUCCUGUGUAGUCAAGAGAUAUACAGGUAUGCUAUGAUGGAAAUGGGGUUGGAUUUUCCGGAGUUGCCUCUGGGUAUGGUUACUGAGAUGCACUUGAAAAGAUGUGAGGAUACUCUACAAGAAUUUGCAGAGACUUUAAGGACGAACACAGAGACGGGGCCGAAAAGGGAUUCCUUAUGGUCUGAUUUUAGCCAGCGAAUGUUCACUCUUCUGCCUAGCACCAGACCCUAUGUUUUCCGGGAUUUCACCGACAUAGCUGACCAUGGAGCAGCUGCAGUGGAAACAAUCAGAGAUAUAAAUGUGGCUUCACGACUCAUAGGCGAUAUGUCUGGUUCUACUCUCGAUGAUCCUCUGUUUGAACGUUAUAAAAAGUUGGGAUGCUCUAUUUCUCCAGUUGAAAAGGACAGUGAUGACUACAAGAUGGUAGCUAAUUAUUUGGAGAAAACCUACGAGCCUAUUGAAGUUGGGGAAAUUAGUUAUGGAGUAUCAAUCGAGGAUGUCUUUGCAGUUGAAGUGAGCGCUGGCCCCUCCUUCGAUGAAAUCAAGAAGCUACCGAAUAAUAUCUUGCUAUGGUGUGGUACCCGAAGUUCCAAUCUGUUGCGGCAUUUGGAGAAGAGUUUCUUACCUUCGGUGUGCUUUCUGCCUGUUGCUGGUUACAUGUUUGGGAGGGCGAUAGUCUGCUCAGAUGCCGCAGCAGAAGCGGCCAGGUAUGGUUUCACGGCAGUCGAUAGGCCAGAGGGAUUUCUUGUGUUGGCAGUUGCAUCUUUAGGCAAUCAAAUUACUGAGCUAGAAGGUGCUCCGGAGGAUGCGGCAGAACUAGAAGAGAAGAAACACGGGGUGAUUGGGCGAGGGAGGAAGAAGACAGAUGAGUCGGAGCAUUGUGCGUGGAAUGAUGUGAAGGUGCCCUGUGGUAAGCUAGUCCGAUCGGAGCACAAGGACAGCCCCCUCGAGUACAACGAGUAUGCUGUCUACAACCCACAACAGGUGAGUAUAAGGUUCUUGGUGGCAGUGAAGUUCGAGGAGCAGGAAGUCCAGUAUGAUGCUGCUUCGCCCUGAGCUCCGGAACUCGAAGUAGGGCUCUACUAUCCUUGGCUAAAAAUAAGUACAUGCUUUUUUGUUUCUGUUGUCUCCUUGUUAGAUGGAGAGAAGUGGGUAAAUUUUGGGUGCAUAGUGUUUAAGGUUGAGGUGAUGAAAUGUCUUUGCUUGUUUAUAGAUGGCAUCACCUGAAAAAGGAUGGCUGUUUGUUCAGGUCAUUUAUAAUUGUUCAGAAGUUUCUUCUCUCUUUAUAAAGAAGCUGACAUAACAAUCAAUCAAUAAUCAA